CCCAACUUGCCGCGCCGGGCGCGCGGGGCCGCGCCGCGACGGACCGACGGCUCGGCUCGGCUCGGCUCCGCUCCGCUCUGCACCGGCCCCGCGCGGGAGGGAGGGGCGUGCGGCCCCCUCCGAGUGGCGGCCCCGGGCCGCGUCUCCCCUUUGCGGUCGGAGAGGCGUGCAGCACCGGGCCCUGCGAUGCCGUUUGGUUGUGUGACGCUGGGAGACAAGAAAGAUUACAACCAGCCGUCCGAGGUGACCGACAGAUAUGACCUGGGCCAGGUCAUCAAAACGGAGGAGUUCUGCGAAAUCUUCCGGGCCAAGGAGAAGACGACAGGGAAGUUGUACACCUGCAAGAAGUUUCUGAAGCGGGAUGGUCGGAAAGUGCGGAAGGCAGCCAAAAACGAGAUCAUCAUCCUCAAAAUGGUGAAACACCCCAACAUCCUGCAGCUGGUGGAUGUCUACAUCACCCGCAAGGAGUAUUUCAUCUUCCUGGAGCUGGCCACUGGCCGGGAGGUCUUCGACUGGAUCCUGGACCAGGGCUACUACUCCGAGAAGGACACUAGCAACGUCAUCCGGCAGGUGCUGGAGGCUGUGGCUUACCUGCACUCACUCAAGAUCGUUCAUAGGAACCUUAAGCUGGAGAACCUGGUGUACUAUAACCGUCUGAAGAACUCCAAGAUCGUUAUCAGUGACUUCCACCUGGCCAAGUUGGAGAAUGGGCUUAUCAAAGAGCCCUGCGGCACCCCUGAGUAUCUGGCUCCAGAGGUGGUGGGACGGCAGCGGUAUGGCCGGCCGGUGGACUGCUGGGCCAUUGGUGUCAUCAUGUACAUUCUCCUCUCCGGAAACCCCCCUUUCUAUGAGGAGGCAGAUGAGGAUGACUAUGAGAACCACGACAAGAACCUCUUCCGCAAAAUCCUGGCAGGGGACUAUGAAUUUGACCCGCCAUACUGGGAUGACAUCUCACAGGCAGCCAAGGAGCUGGUGACACGCCUCAUGGAGGUGGAGCAGGACCAGAGGAUCACGGCUGAGGAGGCCAUCUCCCACGAGUGGAUCUCUGGCAACGCCGCCUCCGACAAGAACAUCAAGGAUGGUGUCUGUGCCCAGAUCGAGAAGAACUUUGCCCGUGCCAAGUGGAAGAAAGCCGUGCGAGUAACCACACUCAUGAAGCGACUGCGGGCGCCCGAGCAGACGGAGACCGCCUCGGCCCCGGCCGCUACCACUGCCACUACCGCUGCCACCGCCGCCACCGCCGCUUCCAACGCUGCAACCGCCAGCGCCGCCACGGACACUGCGGCCCCCGCGGCCUCGAGCACUCCGCCCGCCGACGCGCAGCCCCCGGCCCCCGCCACGCCUCCUGCCACCACGUGUAACGGGGACGGGGCUGCCACCACUGCCGCUGCCGCCACCACCGAGGCCUCAGGCGAGCAGACCGGCUGAGCGGUGGUGGUCCUCAUGCCCCCUCUCUGUACAUAGCCCCCGGCAUGGUCCCCCCCUCGCACCCCCGCCUGCACCCUCUUUUCUACGUGCCCCGACGGAGAGUCGGCCGCGGGGCAGAGCCCUGCAUGGAGCCCGUCCUCCCCGGCAUCCCCCGGCCCUCCACCCGGCUCCCUCGGUGGCUUUGCCGGUCGGUCUACCCCCCGCACCCCCACUGCUCUCUCAGUCUGUCCCUUGCCACCGCCCCUCUCCCCGGGGAUGCCCAGAGAUACGGGGCAGUUCCCCCCGGUCACACUCCGCAGGGCUUGGGGGUUGUCGUGCGGGGUCCCCUGGGACACGCGUGCAUGUGCGGGACUGCAGGUGGGGGUCUGCGCGGGAAGGAGGGGGCCCCCGGCACCCUUCUCCGACCCGGGGCCCCGGGGGGGGGGGGAAUGUGUGAGUGCACAUUGGAGGGAGGGGGCGAGGGUGCAACAGUGUCCCCCCUCCAGGGGGUAGUCACACGGCCCCCCCUAAUGCCUCAUAUCUGGAGGAUCCCAAAUGUAGUGUCCCCCCGGUGCCUACCCCUCUCCGUUCCCCGCUUCCCCCCUCGCAGCUGCAUGCCUGCAGGGCCGGCUCUGCCUGCGGCUGCCGCCGGCACCCCGUACGCCCGCCUCCCACCCCACGCUGUAUCUCUGGCAAAUAAAGAUCCCGCUGAGGACAAACUGA